CCGGGUCUGGUCCCUUCAGCUCUCCCUGCUGGUGCCAGCUCCCCACUUCCCGGCUCACCCCACCUUGACCCUGCUCUGUCUUUGCCAGAAGACAAGCAGGGGGCGGGGCAGGGGGCGGAGCCGGCAACAAAGACUGGGAGAGAGCGAGGGAGCCGGGCACGGCGGAAUCCCGGCCGCUGGCGAGGUGGAGAGACCGCGGCGGCUGCGGCGGCCGAGGGUCGCCCGGGCCAGCGGGCGGGGUCGCGCAUGGUGGCGGUCCUCGCGCCCGGGCGCCGCUAGGGUGGACAGGGAGACCGGACGCCGAGCUAGGGGCGCGUCAUGUGGCCGCUCACGGUCCCGCCGCUGCUGCUGCUGCUACAGCUGUGCUCAGGCCUCGCGGGACAGACUCUCUUUCAGAGCCCCGAAGAGGGCUGGCAGCUGUACACUUCGGCCCAGGCCCCCGAUGGGAAAUGCAUCUGCACAGCCGUAAUUCCUGCGCAGAGUACCUGCUCCCGCGAUGGUAGGAGUCGGGAACUGCGACAACUGAUGGAGAAGGUCCAGAACGUCUCCCAGUCCAUGGAGGUCCUUGAGUUGCGGACGUAUCGUGACCUCCAGUAUGUGCGCAGCAUGGAGACCCUCAUGCGCAGCCUGGACUCAAGGCUCCGGGUGGCUGAUGGAUCCCUCUCAGCCAAGAGCUUCCAGGAGCUGAAAGACAGGAUGACAGAGCUCUUGCCUCUGAGCUCGGUCCUGGAGCAGUACAAGGCAGAUACGCGGACCAUCGUGCGCCUGCGGGAGGAGGUGAGGAACCUCUCGGGCAGCCUUGCAGCAAUCCAGGAAGAGAUGGGUGCCUAUGGGUACGAGGACCUCCAGCAGCGGGUGAUGGCACUCGAGGCCAGGCUCCACACCUGUGCCCAGAAGCUGGGCUGUGGGAAACUGACUGGGGUCAGUAACCCCAUCACCAUUCGAGCCAUGGGGUCCCGCUUCGGCUCCUGGAUGACCGACACAAUGGCCCCCAGCGCAGACAGCAGGGUCUGGUACAUGGAUGGCUAUUACAAGGGCCGCCGGGUCCUGGAGUUCCGUACCCUGGGAGACUUCAUCAAAGGCCAGAACUUUAUCCAGCACCUGCUGCCCCAGCCAUGGGCAGGCACGGGCCAUGUGGUAUAUAAUGGCUCCCUGUUCUAUAACAAGUACCAGAGCAACGUCGUGGUCAAGUACCACUUCCGCUCACGCUCCGUGCUUGUGCAGAGGAGCCUCCCAGGGGCAGGCUACAAUAACACCUUCCCCUACUCCUGGGGUGGCUUCUCUGACAUGGACUUCAUGGUGGACGAGAGCGGGCUUUGGGCUGUGUACACCACCAACCAGAAUGCAGGCAACAUUGUGGUCAGCCGGCUGGACCCGCACACCCUGGAGGUCAUGCGGUCCUGGGACACUGGCUACCCCAAGCGCAGUGCUGGUGAGGCCUUCAUGAUCUGUGGGGUGCUCUACGUGACAAACUCCCACUUAGCUGGCGCCAAGGUCUACUUUGCCUAUUUUACCAACACAUCCAGUUAUGAGUACACAGAUGUGCCCUUCCACAACCAGUAUUCCCACAUCUCCAUGUUGGAUUACAACCCCCGGGAACGGGCCUUGUACACUUGGAACAAUGGCCACCAAGUCCUUUACAAUGUCACACUGUUCCAUGUCAUCAGCACUGCAGGGGACCCCUAGGCACUGCCACAUGUUGGGGGGCAGGAAGGGAGGCUCCCUGAGGGCCCUUCCAACUCUGUGUCCCUGAAGGCUGAUCUUUCCGUCUCUGUCAUGCCCUCUCUCUCCCUACCCUUCUGCGAGGCUCUUGUCAUUGCCCUCUGUAUUUCUAUCAAUGCAUUUUCACCAUUUCAUCUCUUCUUUAUUGAUCUCUGCUUUUGAUACUCUACUUUUAUCUUUCUGCCUUUUUAUUGACGUCCCUCUGUCUCUUUCUUUUUAUUGAUCUGACCCUCUGGUUCUCGUUCCCUAUCUCUGCUGUUCUUUGUCUUGCUCUGCCCUCACCCCUCUUUUGCUUCCCGCCCCACCCACACCUCUAUUCACACCCCCUUCCCCCGAGUGGAGUGCAUGGAUCUAUUUCUUUUUUUAUUUACACUUCUUUCUGAGUUGCCGGAAUAAACGGGAUCUUUGACAUUUUAUGUUUCAGUGGCUCUGAGUGGGGCGGGGCACAGACAUGAGGACUUCCUUUUGGUAACUCAAGGUUAAGUGAACUGGGGCGGGCAGACCAGCAUGGGGGAUAGUGAGGAAGGGCCCAGGGUAAACCCUUUGGAGAGACCCAAUCUGAAGUUAUUUAGAUUGAAAGCAAUUUGUUUAAAAGCAGUUUGAUCAAAAUAAUCCAGAAGUCUAUCAGAAUGAUGAAAACUGGCCUCAAAUGAAUACUCUUCCCGUCACUAGCUUUCCACUUUUGGAUCACUCUGGUGCAUCACUGAGUGGUCUGUGGCAAUUUUUUAAUGGUUUUUUUUAACAAUUUGGCUGCCUUUUAAGAACCUGGGUAAGAGAGGGUUAGGGCACAGUCAAAUUUUUCCCUUUUCUUUCUUCUCUUUUUCUGCUUUGUAAUUUCAAAAAUAAUAUAUAUAUUAUUUAU